GGCAGAGGUGGGCUGUAGAGCCAAAGUGGGGUGGGAGGGCGAAGAUGGCAGCUGCUGAGGAGGAGCCGAAGCCCAAAAAGCUGAAGGUGGAGGCGCCGCAAGCGCUGAGAGAAAAUAUUCUCUUUGGAAUGGGAAAUCCUCUGCUUGACAUCUCUGCUGUAGUGGACAAAGAUUUCCUUGAUAAGUAUUCUCUGAAACCAAAUGACCAAAUCUUGGCUGAAGACAAACACAAGGAACUGUUUGAUGAACUCGUGAAAAAAUUCAAAGUUGAAUAUCAUGCUGGUGGCUCUACCCAGAAUUCAAUUAAAGUGGCUCAGUGGAUGAUUCAACAGCCACACAAAGCAGCAACAUUUUUUGGAUGCAUUGGGAUAGAUAAAUUUGGGGAGAUCCUGAAGAGAAAAGCUGCUGAAGCCCAUGUGGAUGCUCAUUACUACGAGCAGAAUGAGCAGCCAACAGGAACUUGUGCUGCAUGCAUCACUGGUGACAACAGGUCCCUCGUAGCUAAUCUUGCUGCUGCCAAUUGUUAUAAAAAGGAAAAACAUCUUGAUCUGGAGAAAAACUGGAUGUUGGUAGAAAAAGCAAGAGUUUGUUAUAUAGCAGGCUUUUUUCUUACAGUUUCCCCAGAGUCAGUAUUAAAAGUGGCUCACCAUGCUUCCGAAAACAACAGGAUUUUCACUUUGAAUCUGUCUGCACCAUUUAUUAGCCAGUUCUACAAGGAAUCAUUGAUGAAAGUUAUGCCUUAUGUUGACAUACUUUUUGGAAAUGAGACAGAAGCUGCCACUUUUGCUAGAGAGCAAGGCUUUGAGACUAAAGACAUUAAAGAGAUAGCCAAAAAGACACAAGCCCUGCCAAAGAUGAACUCAAAGAGGCAGCGAAUCGUGAUCUUCACCCAAGGGAGAGAUGACACUAUAAUGGCUACAGAAAGUGAAGUCACUGCUUUUGCUGUCUUGGAUCAAGACCAGAAAGAAAUUAUUGAUACCAAUGGAGCUGGAGAUGCAUUUGUUGGAGGUUUUCUGUCUCAACUGGUCUCUGACAAGCCUCUGACUGAAUGUAUCCGUGCUGGCCACUAUGCAGCAAGCAUCAUAAUUAGACGGACUGGCUGCACCUUUCCUGAGAAGCCAGACUUCCACUGAUGGAAGAGCUGAAAACACAAGCCCAGGAGUGCAGACACUGCCCUGAUUGCUUCCUGAGAAUUCCCAUAUUAAUAAAGAAGAAAAUUAUCUGCCAUUUUUUCCUACUAUAAUAAUGCUGAAUCUUAAUUUAGAGGGUACAAGGGUACGGUAAUGCUUGUAGAAUCUUUAUUAUCUCAACAAUCUAAAAAAAUGAUGUUUAUUUCGAUAGUUUGAUAGUGCCACUUAAAUACCAAUUAAACAAGAAUAUAACACUUCAAUAGAAAUUUUUAUUUCAUUUUCAAUUACUUUGUAAAUUCAUGUGUAUUUAGUACACUGAUUCGUUUUUUUACAUUUCUGCUUUAAAUGCAGAUGCAAUUUAAUAUAAUAGAUUUUUUAACGAAUUAAUCUUAACAUAGUAAUCUUUAGCUUUUUAUACAAAUAUAUUUAAUUUAGGAGUCUAUGUGUGUCUAUACACACACAUACAUAAAUAUACCGCAUAUACAUCUGAUAGUCAAAUAAGGUACAGAAAUUUUAUCUUGUCAAUUAUGCCAAAUAAUCUCUUUAAUAUGCACUCAAAUAUGUAAUAAACUUUGGAUAAUUAAA